GCCCGGUGCCCGGUGCCCGCCGCCCCCCCCCGCUCCGACGAUGCCGGUGGCCACGGUGACGCCGGUGCUGGCCGUGACCUCCACGCCCACGGCCGGCCGCGAGUACUCGCCCGCGGCCACCACGUCCGAGAAUGGCGGCGGGAAGAGGAAGCAGAAGGAGAAGGAGCUGGACGAGCUGAAGAAGGAGGUGAACCUGGAUGACCACAAACUGUCCCUGGAUGAGCUGGGCAGGAAGUACCAGGUGGACCUGUCCCGGGUGAGAUGUCCCCGUGUCCCUGUGUCCCCAUGUCCCUGUGUCCCCAUGUCCCUGGUGGGGCAUCACGGUGCCCCCCCCCGGUGCCAGCUGUACCUGGGGGUGGUCCUGGCCGCCGUUGUCAUCGUCACCGGCUGCUUCUCCUACUACCAAGAGGCCAAGAGCUCCAAGAUCAUGGACUCCUUCAAGAACAUGGUGCCCCAGCAAGCGCUGGUGAUCCGCGAGGGCGAGAAGAUCCAGAUCAACGCCGAGAACGUCGUGGUGGGCGACCUGGUGGAGGUGAAGGGCGGCGACAGGGUGCCCGCCGACAUGAGGAUCAUCUCCUCCCACGGCUGCAAGGUGGAUAACUCCUCCCUGACGGGCGAGUCGGAGCCGCAGACGCGCUCCCCGGAGUUCACGCACGAGAACCCGCUGGAGACGCGCAACAUCUGCUUCUUCUCCACCAACUGCGUCGAAGGGACCGCGCGUGGCAUCGUCAUCUCCACGGGGGACCGCACGGUGAUGGGCAGGAUCGCCUCGCUGGCCUCGGGGCUGGAGGUGGGCCGGACCCCCAUCGCCAUGGAGAUCGAGCACUUCAUCCGCCUCAUCACCGGCGUCGCCGUCUUCCUCGGCCUCUCCUUCUUCAUCCUCUCGCUCAUCCUCGGCUACACCUGGCUGGAGGCCGUCAUCUUCCUCAUCGGCAUCAUCGUGGCCAACGUGCCCGAGGGGCUGCUGGCCACCGUCACGGUGUGCCUGACCCUCACUGCCAAGCGCAUGGCCCGCAAGAACUGCCUGGUGAAGAACCUGGAGGCCGUGGAGACGCUGGGCUCCACCUCCACCAUCUGCUCAGACAAGACGGGCACGCUGACCCAGAACCGCAUGACCGUGGCCCACAUGUGGUUCGACAACCAGAUCCACGAGGCCGACACCACCGAGGACCAGUCCGAUGGGGAACUGGGGGCACGGGAGGCACUGGGAUGGGGCACUGGGAUGGGCACUGGGAGCACUGGGCCGUGUGUGCGACCCUGGGGUGACCCCGGGCUGGCUCUGGGUGACCCCACGCUGACCGUGCCACGUCCCCCCACUGUCCCCUGUCCGUCCCGUGUCCAGCUGUCCAUCCACGAGCGCGAGGAGGACCCCCAGGGCUACCUGCUGGUGAUGAAGGGAGCCCCCGAGCGCAUCCUGGACCGCUGCUCCCGCAUCCUCCUGCAGGGCCAGGAGCAGCCCCUGGACCAGGAGAUGCGCGAGGCCUUCCAGAACGCCUACCUGGAGCUGGGGGGGCUCGGGGAGAGGGUCCUGGGGUUCUGUCACCUGUACCUGCCCCCGGACAAGUUCCCCCGCGGGUUCCGUUUCGACGCGGACGAGGUGAAUUUCCCCACCAGCGACCUUUGCUUCGUGGGGCUCAUGUCCAUGAUCGACCCCCCCCGCGCCGCCGUGCCCGACGCCGUGGGCAAGUGCCGGAGUGCCGGCAUCAAGGUGAUCAUGGUGACCGGGGACCACCCGAUCACGGCCAAGGCCAUCGCCAAGGGCGUGGGGAUCAUCUCCGAGGGCAACGAGACCGUGGAGGACAUCGCGGCACGGCUCAACAUCCCCGUCAGCCAGGUGAACCCCAGGGAGGCCAAGGCGUGCGUGGUGCACGGCUCGGACCUGAAGGACAUGAGCUCGGAGCAGCUGGACGAGAUCCUGCGCAACCACACCGAGAUCGUCUUCGCCCGCACGUCCCCCCAGCAGAAGCUGAUCAUCGUCGAGGGCUGCCAGCGGCAGGGCGCCAUCGUGGCGGUGACGGGUGACGGGGUGAAUGACUCGCCGGCGCUGAAGAAGGCGGACAUCGGGAUCGCCAUGGGCAUCGCGGGCUCGGACGUGUCCAAGCAGGCGGCCGACAUGAUCCUGCUGGACGACAACUUCGCCUCCAUCGUCACCGGCGUCGAGGAAGGCCGCCUGAUCUUCGACAACCUGAAGAAGUCGAUCGCCUACACGCUGACCAGCAACAUCCCCGAGAUCACCCCGUUCCUGCUCUUCAUCAUCGCCAACAUCCCGCUGCCCCUGGGCACCGUCACCAUCCUCUGCAUCGACCUGGGCACCGACAUGGUCCCCGCCAUCUCCUUGGCCUACGAGGCGGCCGAGAGCGACAUCAUGAAACGGCAACCGCGGAACCCGCGGAGCGACAAACUGGUCAACGAGCGGCUCAUCAGCAUGGCCUACGGCCAGAUCGGGAUGAUCCAGGCUCUGGGCGGGUUCUUCACCUACUUCGUGAUCCUGGCGGAGAACGGCUUCCUGCCGGGGACGCUGCUCGGGAUCCGCCUGGCCUGGGACGACCGCUCCAAGAACGACCUGGAGGAUUCCUACGGACAGGAGUGGACGUACGAGCAGCGCAAGGUGGUGGAGUUCACGUGCCACACGGCGUUCUUCGCCAGCAUCGUCGUGGUGCAGUGGGCGGAUCUCAUCAUCUGCAAGACGCGCCGCAACUCCGUCUUCCAGCAGGGCAUGAAGCAUGAACUGGGGACCAAAACAACCGGGGUUUUUUUGCCCAGGGUCACCUGGUGGUUCUGUGCCUUCCCCUAUUCCCUGCUGAUUUUCGCCUACGAUGAGGUGAGGAAACUGAUCCUGAGGCGCUACCCCGGAGGCUGGGUGGAGAAGGAAACCUAUUACUGAUCCCCUCCCCCUCUUUUGGGACCCCCCGAGCCCCUCCCGCACCC